UGAAAACACUUUCUUUUUAUUGACCGAUGUGCUUGGCCAGUAUACCUAUACUAACACUUUUAAGAGUUUUUAUAUGAGCUUAAAAUGUAUUUAAAGAACUUCAAAACAACUUUUAAGACUUGUAGAAGACUUAUGUCAGCUACUAUGAAAAUGUAAAAUUCAACAAAGAAAACUUGAAGAAACAGCUGAUUUAUUUUGGCUUCGUUUAUUUAUUUGUUUUGUUUUGUGUAUAAAGUUAUAAAAUAAACUAUAGAAAAUGAUGUAAAAAGAAGGUACUAAUAACGACACGAAGCAUACAGCUGAGAAGAUUAAACUAUAUAACUUUUUUAAGAACCAAUGAAAUCACUGCGUUAUGAAAAAAUGAACGGACGUUCCAUACGCAUACAUCGUAUUCCUGCAGCUAUUGUUGCCAUUUUAGUGAUAUGUUUAUUAAUAUAUUUAUGUAAUACCGAUGAAGAACAGCAGCCGGCAAUGUAUGGUAUGCUACGCAACCAAAAUAAGGUAAACAUGAGGAAAUUAUUAAUUGGUUCAAUACAAGCGGCGCAGCGUGGAGGUCUAGAGAUUUUAAGUGUGGCUCGCACUCGCAAUUUGAAGGAACGUAGUAAAGGCAAAACGGACGAAGGAGCUAAUGAUCCCUUUACUGAUGCAGACGCUCGUUCACAUUGCGUAAUGAAGCAUGGUUUACAACGUAUAUUCCCUAGAAUUCAAAUAUUUUCUGAAGAAGACAAGGAGCAAUGUAACGAAGCCAAUACUUUCGACUUAGAUCCUACAGUUUUACAUGAAACAGCAAAAAUCCCUGAUGAAUUAAUUAAUAUAAGUGACGUAACUGUGUGGAUUGAUCCUUUGGACGCAACUCAAGAAUUCACAGAACAAUUGUAUGAAUAUGUCACUACAAUGGUGUGCGUAGCUGUGCGUGGCAAACCUGUUAUAGGAGUAAUACAUAGUCCGUUUAUAGGACAAACGGCUUGGGCUUGGAUAGACCGUUCAAUGUCAGAGUAUCUGGCAACAAUUAUAGCAGGUGAACAUGACACAUCAAAUCCAAUUAUAACUGUUUCACGAUCACAUGCUGGAGAUGUAAAAGAUUUGGUUCGUGCCGUUUUUGGUGAAAAAUCAAAUAUUCUGACAGCUGCCGGUGCAGGUUAUAAAGUGUUACAAGUUGCAUCGAAUAAUGCGACAGCAUAUCUACAUUCCACCAAAAUAAAAAAAUGGGAUAUAUGUGCAGGGGAUGCUAUACUGCGAGCUCUUGGCGGUACCAUGACGACUUUAGAUAAUAAGCUGAUUGAUUAUGGGCGAGGCGAAAGUCCUGUGAACGCUCGAGGCUUACUAGCAACAGUUGUGCAGCAUGAUCAAUACAUUGAGAAACUAAUGACCUAUCGAGAAAAUCAAAAAACGAAACAAAGAUAGCUAAAAUCUAUUAAUAAUAAUACAUAAUUGAGUUUGGUUUUAAUUUAAAAGAAUCUCGCUCAUAAAACCAAAAGUAUACAUAUGUUCUUACAUCUUUCACUUUGUUUUAA